ACCAGGAAGCACAAGGUAGGCGAUGGCACGCACCUGAACACACACUACCGGCAAUUUAGUGACAGCGGAUCCGCUAAUUCCGUUGUUAAAUCCAGAAUUGAUGCUCCUUUGUUUGCCAUUUGCACACAUACAGGUAUAAUGGAAUCCCUCUUUUUCACAUGCCCCACCCUACAUUUACAUCUACACAUUUAGCAGAUACUUUUGUCCAAAAUAACAAAAGACGUACAUGGUGCCAAAGAGUCAACUUAGUAUUAGUGCAGCUAGGCUGAGCUUCCAAAGAACUGACAAAGAAAAGCCCUCCCCAUAAGAACAUCUUGCUCUCCUUACACACAUAUACACAUAAAUGCUGAUACCGGAGCUUGGUGUCUGAGCACAGGGUCAGUCGUAUAUCUGGUGCCCCUGGACCAUAUCAUGAGGUUAAAAGCCUGGCUCAGGGGCCAAUGGACCUGUGAUUAUUCUGCAACAGAGCAGAUUUCAACUGGCAACCUUCUAAUCAUAGGCCUCACCCACUGAGCUACAUACCGCUUGGCACUUAGCUGUCCCUAUAUCGUCGCUUCAGCCCAGCGAAGCAUAAAACCUAAUAAGAAAAUGGAGUCUCUGAGUGCCAUUGGUGGGUCUGCAUGCAAGCGUGACUCACAGGCAAUCUGGCGGCAAAAAAAAAAUCCCAAGAUUGGCGUCCCGAGUGCAAACAGCUCGAUGGGGGGAACAGACCACCGGGCGGUCUGUUGGGAGGACUUCGGCGGGCUUUUCCGUUGCCUCGAUACGCCGGGGCCGCCUGGAGCGGCGGGACGAGCAUGCCAGCGCGCUGUCGCAAGCAUCCCACAAGAGCUCGUGUUCCCGCCAUGCAUGUGCAAAGGCCAUCUGCUCACUGAGCUGGAAGACGGAGGCGAGGAACCCAACACGUCUCUGCAAGAGAGAGGACGCACCUUCUGCUACUGGGGACACGCAUGCGUCAGUCGUCUGUUUUGAUGCAUGUUCGGCAAGACCCGGCUCAAUGGCAGUCGACAUUGCUUCGACCAGAAGGACAAACAGGAACCGAUUAUUAUUAUUAUUAUUAUUAAGGCACUCCUUUUGGGCAUCGCACCAAGGACAAGACCGACUCCGCAGCAGGGAUGACUCACGGGUGGCGUGAGAACGUGAGCUGCUAAUUAUCCCGAGACACGGACUGGAGCAGGUGGCAGUGUGACAGCGAGCAGGUGGCUCAGGCAUGUGACAGCGGUUUGACUCAAACAUGACUCUGCUUACGGGAGAUGGCUCAGAUUACGACUACAGUGCUCUGAGCUGUGCCUCCGAGUCGUCGCUCAGCGGCCCUACCCUCCUCCAGGAGAGACAGGUCCUCAAGGGCACCUUUUACCAACGGGCCCAGCUCCUUCCGCUGGGCAAGGGUGGAGUUGAGGCCCCCCUGCCCAGUGCCCGUAAGCUCCACGCCAUCAUUAAUGUGGGCGGCCUCCGCUACCAGCUGCCGUGGACCACCCUUGAGGACUUCCCGCUCACACGGCUGGGCCAGCUGCGGGCCUGCAGCAACUUCGACGAGAUCAUGCGUGUCUGCGACGACUACGACGUCACCUGCAAUGAGUUCUUCUUCGACCGCAACCCGUGCGCCUUCCGCAACAUCCUGACCUUCCUGCGUGCCGGCAAGCUGCGGGCGCUGCGCGAGACCUGCGUCCUCUCCUUCCGCGAGGAGCUCCUCUACUGGGGCAUCCCUGAGGAGUGCCUGGAGUGGUGCUGCCGCCGGCGCCUCCUGCAGCGCAUCGAGGAGUGCGAGGAGCUGGACCGCGCCGAGGAAGAGGAGCUCCUGGAGGCCGAGGGCGGCCUGCACGAGCCGCUGGUCCAGGAGUCGUGGCAUGGCGUGUGCAUGGGACGCCUAAGAGACAUGGUGGAAAGACCCCACUCAGGUCUGCCCGGGAAGAUCUUCGCCUGCCUGUCCGUGCUCUUCGUCACCAUCACCGCCAUUAACCUGUCCAUUAGCACCAUGCCAGCCAUGAGGGAGGAAGAGGAGCAGGGGAAAUGCUCACAGAUGUGCUACAACAUCUUCAUCGUGGAGACCGUCUGCGUGGCCUGGUUCUCGCUGGAGUUCACCCUGCGCUUCAUCCAGGACCGCAGCAAGCUGGCCUUCCUGCGACGGCCCCUGAACCUCAUCGACGUGGUGGCCAUCCUGCCCUACUACAUCACGCUGGUGGUAGACGGCACCUCCGAGGGUGAGAAGCGGCUGGGCUCGGGCAGCAGCUACCUGGAUAAGGUGGGGCUGGUACUGCGGGUGCUGCGGGCCCUGCGCAUCCUGUACGUGAUGCGGCUGGCCCGGCACUCGCUGGGCCUGCAGACGCUGGGGCUGACGGCCCGCCGCUGCACGCGCGAGUUCGGCCUGCUGCUGCUCUUCCUGUGCGUGGCCAUCGCGCUCUUCUCGCCGCUGCUCUACCUGACGGAGAGCGAGGCGGCGGUGGGCGCGCGCGAGUUCAGCAGCAUCCCCGCCACCUACUGGUGGGCCGUCAUCACCAUGACGACAGUGGGCUAUGGGGACAUGGUGCCGCGCAGCGUGCCUGGCCAGGUGGUGGCGCUCAGCAGCAUCCUGAGCGGCAUCCUGCUCAUGGCCUUCCCCGUCACCUCCAUCUUCCAUACCUUCUCGCGCUCCUACUUGGAACUCAAGCAGGAGCAGCAGCGGCUGCUCCAGAGACGGACGCACUUCCUGCUGCGCAACCGCAUCACGGACCUCAGCAACCUGUCUCUGGAGAGCGACGCGCUCUUCCCCAGUGGCUCCUCCUCCUCAGGGCCCCGGGAGACUGAUGACUGAGCUGGCAUCUUCCUUCCGUUUAACUGUGGUCUCUUGGUCGACUCGUUCCAUCGUUCCAUAACUGAUCACAUUACGUUGUGGGGGAUAGGGAGACUUUUUUGGGAGGGGGCAAGAAAACUUGCCAAACUGCGGGGGGAGGCAUUUUUCCAGUGAUUAAAUUUGCCAAGCCUGAAAUCAGGAGUCCAUCAGCAGAAAUCGGGAGAAACCAUUACAAAUCACCAGUGUUGGCAGGACAUUCCUGUCUCUCUCAAAACCUAGAAAUGCCCCAUGGUGUAAAUUUGGGUAUGGAUGGCAGGGACAUGACCUUACCAACGCUAUGGGGGUACCGUGUGUGUUGGGGGUGGGGGGGUUGAGGCUGAUUUGGUCUCUCCCAGUGCCCUUGAGAAUGCUACCCGGUGGUUUCUCCCGCCUCAAGAACAUCAUGGAGGUGAUUUGCUUUAUUCUUAUUCCGUUGUCAUCUGUUUCUUCCACAUGGAACACAAUAAAAAUAUAUAGACUUGUGCAUAAAAACACGCAUAUACCGGAAAUCACCACCAGAGGCAGCAUUACAUGUCCAAUAUUAUUAUGACUGGCACACAAGUAUGAAAUGGCUCUAUAUGGAAUUAAUUCAUAAAUUAAAUGACACUAUAUUAUAUGUAACUAAUGCAAAUGUACUCCUUUAUUGCUGCAAUGACUGUGCUGCAUUUUGAUGUGGAGUUAUUUUUUACUCGUUCUGUAGUGUCUCAAUAAAAGUCCUCCUGGUCA